ACUUAGCCGUCAGUUCGUCGUAUGCCUAUUUGACAUUUGAUUUUCUCCUCAAACUUUUUCAUUUCUUUUCGAAAAAAAUAAAGAGAUUUAAAUCAUUUCAAAAUGAAUGUUCCCGGCCGAAUAUUCAAUAAAAGUAACUUCCAAGUUCAAUCCUUCAAACGAAUCGUCACGUUCUCAACAAAACCACAAUUGAAGGAUUCGCCGCCUGUUACCCAAUCAUCAUCAUCGUCUUCGUCGACAACAACAACUCCACCGCCACCUUCAAAUCCUCAAGAACCAAGAAAACCCAUAACUCUCACCAAUUACAGAUUUAUCUAUCCAGAAUUUCUUCCCGAUCCGAAAAUCGAAUGGCGUAAUUCAGUUCGUGAGAAACUCGAACGCAUGGAUAUGAUAGAACGGCGGAAGCUUAUCGACAUCCCCGAGUUCUAUGUAGGUUCAAUCCUUGCUGUGACAAGUUCCGAUCCGCAUGCGGCUGGAAAAGUCAGUCGAUUUGUUGGCAUUUGCAUUGACCGCGACCGUUGCGGUCUUCGAGCUCGUUUCAUUCUUCGCAAUGUUGUCGAUCAUCAGGGAGUUGAGAUACUCUACGAAAUGUACGAUCCAACAAUUCACAAAAUCGAAGUUCUUCGCCUUGAGAAACGUCUCGACAACAAACUCUAUUACUUGAGAGAUGCUCUCCCAGAAUAUAGUACCUUCGAUUUAAACAUGGAAGCUGACAUUCUCCCCGAAGGUACUCCAGUUCCAAUCAAUGACAUCAAAGUCAAAUUGAAACCACGUCCGUGGCUAGAACGUUGGGAACGUCAAGAUCUUCUUGGUGUUUCGAACAUAAACGAAUACAUCAAAGAGAAGCAUAUUCUCAGUGCGGAGAAGGUCAAGAAACCUUGGGAGAAAUAUGAUUUAAUGAAACAAUACCGUAGCACUAUUGCAGAAGAGGAACAAAAAGAAAUCUUUGCCGAAGUACACUCGCAAUUGCAUCAAUUGGAAUUGGCCAGGAAGAAGAUGAAGCGCAAGCGUACGUUUAUUAGACCAACUAAUUUAGCUUAAGGUUAGAAGAAAUGUUUGUUUUUUUUUUUGCUGUUGUAAUUUUAUGACCUCAUUUCUAACAAAUAAAUAAAAUUAACGGGGUAUACAUAAGAAUAA